GGUCACAUGGUUGCACAGAGCUCGCCUCCAACAGUCCCUGCAAUAAGCAGUCCUCCUCACCUGAAGCUGCGCCUGUUGUGUUACCUUUUCCCCGGUAACCCCGCUGGAUGGACCCCGCUGGAUCCGCGUUCACAGCUCAGUCCGACUGAAAAGCAGGUCGGAACCUUCCGGAACAAAGAGGCGGAGCGAGGACGGAGGACAAAAGGAACCCUCUCUGUUCUGUGAAAACUUAAUAGUUUCGGUUUGAUGAAUGACAUUGUUUUUUAUUUAUUUGUUUGUUUGUUUGUUUUAAACCGCUGUAAACUGAAGCUCCGGCUGCAGUCUGAGGGUCUUCACUCGGUUUCAGUUUCGUAAAUUCCGGUCCUUUAGCUUCACGCCUCGUUUCUCAACCGGAAUCUUUCAGCGACUUCUGAGUUGCUGAGCACAUUAAAGGCAGAAAAACGGCUUCGGCAUCGAGGUAGCAGCGCAGGAAAACCACCAGGACAUGGAGCCGAGCAAAGCUGCUGGAGGCGUGAUAGCCUACAUCAGCUCGUCCAGCUCCGCCUCCAGCCCGGAGUCCUGCCACAGCGACUCCUCCAACGGCAGCUAUCAGUCGUCCUCUCCUCUCCGCGGGUCGUCGCCCAGCCACAGUCAGCUGAACCCGCCGGCCAGCUCGAAGCCCGCUGCUGGCAACCAGAACCUUCCAGGCAAUCAGAAAAGUGGGCGUUCCUCUUCUUCAGGAAAAUGUGGCAUCACAAAGAUCAACGGGCUGGUGCUGCUGUGUAAGGUGUGUGGCGACGUGGCCUCCGGUUUCCACUACGGAGUCCACGCCUGCGAGGGCUGCAAGGGCUUCUUCAGGAGGAGCAUCCAGCAAAACAUCCAGUAUAAGAAGUGCCUUAAGAACGAGAGCUGCCCCAUCAUGAGGAUCAACAGGAACCGCUGCCAGCAGUGCCGCUUCAAGAAAUGUCUGAUGGUGGGGAUGUCCAGAGACUCCGUUCGCUUCGGUCGGAUCCCAAAGCGGGAGAAGCAGCGGAUGCUGCUGGAGAUGCAGAGUGCCAUGAACAACAUGAUGAACAACAACCAGCUGCAGAGUCCACUGAACAUUGCCAUGCCGGUGCCAGCCAACGCCACCAAACCUACCUCCAAGGACGCCGGCUCCCCCCCGUCUCCUUCUUCAUCGCCACACUCCAGCCAAUCGGACCCCAGCUCCGACUCCGAGCCCGCCGUGCCCAUGGACACCGGCUCCAGCUCCACUUCUCCCAGUGCGUCGGACAGCAGCGAGGAGGAGGUGAUCGGCUCAGUGACCAGGGCCCACCAGGAGACCUUCAUGUACAACCAGGAGCAGAGCAGCCUGACAGCUGAGGUGUCGCUAGACAACAGCUUUAUGAAGGCUGACAACAAUCACCGCACCGAGGAGGGACAGGAUGCCUGGAACCGCCACAACAACCGGGCCACCGUGGCGACCCACAACCCGCCGUCCACCCAGGGCCCACAGGGCAAAGAGGACACCCCCAAUGAGUGCCCGUUCAGGCUGUCCAGGAGAGCCGCCGCCAGCCACUCCCCCGCUUACAUACAUGGAGCUGUGAGAGCUCCCCCCACUGAGGGCGGGGCCAAUGGCAUCUACAGUGGGACCGCAUGGAGGGGGGGCAACAGGAUGCAUCUGGUUUGUCCCAUGAACACCUCUCCUCACGUGGACCCCCAGAAGUCUGGCCAUGAGGUGUGGGAAGAAUUCUCCCAUAGUUUCACCCCCGCCGUCAGGGAGGUGGUGGAGUUCGCCAAGAAGAUUCCCGGCUUCAGAGACCUGUCGCAGCACGACCAGGUCAGCCUGCUGAAGGCUGGCACCUUCGAGGUGCUGGUGGUUCGCUUUGCCUCCCUGUUUGACAUGAAGGAGCGAACUGUCACCUUCCUGGGAGGGAAGAAGUACAGCGUGGACGCUCUGAGGGCCAUGGGGUCCGGAGACCUCCUCAACUCCAUGUUUGAUUUCAGCGAGAAGCUGAUGAACUUGGGCCUCAGUGAGGAGGAGAUGAGCCUCUUCACGGCCGUGGUGUUGGUCUCAGCUGAUCGCUCCGGCAUCGAGAACGUGAACUCGGUGGAAGCGUUGCAGGAGACUCUGAUCCGCGCCCUGCGGAGCCUCAUCACCAGGAACCACCCCAACGAGUCGGCCAUCUUCACCAAGCUGCUGCUCAAGCUGCCCGACCUGCGCUCGCUCAACAACAUGCACUCCGAGCAGCUGCUGGCCUUCAAGGUCCAUUCCUAAACCCACCCCCUUGACUGAAACAAACUGAACAUGGAGCCUCCCACCAACCACCAUCAUCAACCUUUUUUGCCCCGAGGCUUCAGCCACUGUAUUGUUGGGGUUAGGGGGGGCGUGACUGGGGGCGGGUUUGACCUGCAGACACUGAUGGACGUCUCUGUUUCUGAUGUUUGUAGCAGCUGUAUAAAUGUAGAAGCACUUUCCUGUGUGGUGUAGACGAGGUUUCUGCAUUCAUAGUGCAAUAUGUUUGAUUUCAGCAGCGUAGCAACAAAUCAAGCUUCUUUUUUCUGUCUUGUUUCUGUGGCUUACAUGAACCUGAAUGAUUCAAAAACAACAGUAAAUAAGAAAAUAAAGCAGAGACUGUGAGUCUCUGCUUCCCAGAGGGGCCACCAGAAAUCACAAUGUAAAGUUUAAUAUGAAUAAUUUAGAACCAAGGAGGUUUUAUUUCACACUUACUGUGCAGUUGUUGUGUAUGCUGUUUGUUUUUUUUUAUCUUGUCAUUUAUUAUCGGGCAUUGUGACAAAUCAGAUGUGUUUAGGUUUCCUCUCAUGAACUAAAGGAGAUGGAGACGGACACACUAAAGUUCUGGACCUGUUGGACCACGUCUCUUGGUGUCUUUCUGGUUUCAGGUGGAGCAGAAAACUAUUUCCACCAGCACCACCCCAUUUCCACUUCAUAUUACUGUACAUACCGCAGCUGAGUGUAGUUCAAGUACGUAGGUAGGUAGGACUAUUCCACGUAAGAUAUGAUUGUAAUGUCACUGAAGUGAUUGUAAUUUAAGAAAAUCUGCUGAGUGGAGGUGAUAUUUAGUUCUUUUUGUUCCACGAGUCCAGGAUGUCUGGCCUUUAAUAUCCAGAGCUUCUGUCAUUGUGUUAACAGUGCUGAUGUGUGGGUCUGUUCUCCUCUGUGAAAGGAUUGCAGUAUACUUAGAUUUCUAUGUAAGGACAUAUAUAAAAUAUAAAUACAUACUGUCAUGCAUAACUGCAUAGAUAAAUAUCUAUAAAUAAAUUUUAUAAAUUAA